AUGCGUGCGAUCCAUACUCAACAUCACAGGGCUCUGGGCAGUGAAGGGCCUUGAUACCCAACGAGAGUAUCUUCUUUCGAUUCGGAAACUCCGAGGUUGUAGGCACAGUGGUUGGAAGCACGGAUACAGGAGGCACAGAGGUCGCCAGAGGCGCAGAUGUUGGUAGCGCGGUCGACGGCUGCUUCUCUCGCCGCCGAAAGAUUUUUCGCAUGUCGGGCAUUACUUAUGAUCGAGGGAUGACCGGAAGAGACACCUGUCAAGCCCAAGAUGGCGCCAAGGAGAAGAAAAGAAUGUCGAAGAAGCCUGAAUGGAGGCGAGCGGGGCUGUGCUAUGGCAUGACAUCGCUGCAAGUAAAGACGUAA